AUGACAGUGCCAGUCGAAGUCGAGAUCCCCUCACCAAAAGUCGCUGUCCUCAAGUUCGAGCGCGGCAUGCAGCAGGGUCUUCUAGGACGGAUUAGCCGCACGUCCAUCAUGGAGUACCACGCUUUCGGUAUCAUCAGCGAGGGCCGCAAUGCUACCCAUCACUACAUGAUCUGUGGUGUUCAAGGAGACUUCACCAAGAACCUCGUCGCCAAUCCACCAAAGACUGUAUGGACACGCCAGCUCAAGUUCGGUAUGUUCUUGCAAGACUCCACUUGCAUCUCCAUUGCUAACACAAUCACAGCCGGCGUCGGCCACGCCUCUGCAAUGUUCAAACGCGGCAUCCGUAUCUGCACCGGUACUGGCAUCGGCGCCGCCCUCUCAACCUGCAUCCAAUCUCCCAACUGGUUCCUCAUCUGGAUCGGCUCCGACCAAGAGCGCACAUUCGGCCCCACCGUCACAGGUCUCAUCCACAAGCACAUCGAGCCCGAGCGCAUGAUCCUCUGGGACAGCAAGAAGCGGGGUGGCCGCCCGGACACAAUGGAGUUGUUGAGAGAUACGUGGAAGAGAUUCGGCGCUGAGGUCAUCUUCAUUACGAGCAACAGCCAGGGCAACGAUGAGAUGAUGCAGGGAUGUGCCAAGGAGGGUAUGCAUGCUUUUGGUACACUCUGGGACUUUUAG